AUGCGCUUGCAUUGCCUCAUUCUAACCAUUGGGCUCGCCAUCGCUGUAACGAGCAAUGGCAUUGGAGCAACCACGAACGACAUCACUGAGGCCACCACGGUGAAGUCGAACUUGAUCCAUGAAGCGUUGUCCAGUCUCCACGUGCCCACUCGUGAGCUGUCCGAUGAUGACACAGCUUUAGAGGAAAGAAGGGGGUUUGGAGCAACAGGACACGGGCAUGCAAUCGGAGGUGGAGGACACGUAGUCUCAGGUGGAGAAGGGGGCUAUGCAGUAGGAACAGGAGGAGGAGACACCGCCACAGGAGGGGGACACAUGUACGGAGACACGGCAACUGGAGGGGGGCACAUGUACAUGUACGGAGCGUAUACUAGUGGAGCUCGCACUAACAAUGGAUCAAUGAACUCGGACAAGGUAGAGAAAAAAUGCAAUAAAUUCGUGAACUGGUGGAAGCGACUUUUUAACAAAAACGUCGAGAAGUGUCAAGAAACUGAUGACGAAGAUGAAGACAUUCGCCGCCUCCGAGCUUAG